UGGCUCUGCCCUGUCCCUAAGCUGCACAGCUCCUCACAUACACCCUUACUGAGCCUGUCUGACAGUGAGAGCAAAGAUCGUGUUGGUGUGUGAGUCUUCAGAGGGAAACAGCAAAGGCGACUGGCAGAGAGGAGCAGGGAGGCAGUGAAUGCAGCGAAGAGCCAGAGCACAGUUGGAGAAAGGGAGAGGCAAAGACGGGAUGAUGCCAAGACAUUAUCUUUGAUAGUCCUGGUAGCAAAGUGCUGCGCUGCAGUGAGCAGAUGACUGUCCACUGCACACGCCAGCAUCCUGUCCUGGAGGGUUAAGACAGACUCGAAGGCGAACACUCUCCACUACCAGUCCUACGCCGAGUGGAUCAUGUCAUCCACUGGGUCAACCAACCACAGCAAGUGUUUGGCAUCUGACACAGGCCACUCAUUAAGGUUUUUGGACAAUGAUUUGGCCCAGCAGGGGAAGCUGAAGGAGAGGCAACGUUUUUUUGAAGAGGCUUUCCAGCACGAAGUGGACAACUGCCUGCCCUCUACUCACCUGCAAAUUGACUGCAGGAAACCUCCCAUGGGCAGUAUCUCAUCCAUGGAGGUGAAUGUGGACCCACUAGAGCAGAUGGAUCUGAUGGACAUCUCUGACCAGGAGGCCCUUGAUGUCUUUCUUAACUCGGGCUCUAGAACAGACGCAGCCACUUUAGCAUCACCACUACCAGAAGGGGAGGAUGAAUAUGAAGAGGAUGAAGAUGCCGAAGUUGUGUACCGGCGGUGUGUUCCCUUGAAGCGGCAACAUGAGGUGCAUCACAGCUCAAAGUCUCGAAUGUCAUCGACUUCUUCUGGUUCGUCUGAUACCAGUCGAGGUGGAGGCGACACACCUGUGAUCCAGUCGGACGAUGAGGAAGUACAAGCUGACACGCUGUUGCUGACCUCCACCCCACAAAACAGGGAUGAUGAGACAGAGGAGGAAGAGGAGGAUCGAUGCCUUCUAACUUCAUCUUCAUAAAGACCUUCUGUCAAAAAAGUCCCUCUCAGUCCACUCCUGCAAAGUCUACUCAUGAACUCCAUCAAGGAAAUAAUGCUGUCGUUGCCAUCUUCUGUUAGUCAGCCAGUUAGUUAAUUAGUUAGCUACUUUGUCAACAGGAUAUCUCAAGAAGACGUGUAGAUGUCACUUGGGUUUGGUGGUGACGUAGGCUUUGGUUCAGAGAAAUGUUUGGGUACAGAUCCA